CCCCGUGUACGAGAUGCUGAAGAGGAACCUGAGCCCUGCUGCCCUCCCAGAUGCUGCACAGACUCUCCCAAAGGAGCAGAGCGUCGCUAAGGCCCAGCCCAGACCAGCUGCAGCUCAGCAGGAGGAAGGAUCUGACUCUGGGAUCCUGGAGGGUGACAGCAAAACCUCAGCUCCUGCUACCUUCAAGCCCAAAUGUGACACCUGUGAAGACAGUGAUUUGAUAGAAAACCUCUCCAAAAGCAAAAAGCCCAAGCUGGACCUGGUUUUUGAGGAAUGGGAUGUGGCUGGGCUGCCGUGGUGGUUUUUAGGGAAUCUCAGAAGCAAUUACAAAUCCAGGAGUAACGGAUCCACGGAUAUCAGACUAACCAGGUGUGACAUUGACACUGCCAUAGUUUCAGACACCACUGAUGACCUGUGGUUCCUCAAUGAGUGUCCCCACCAGGGCACUGCUGGGCUCAAGGUGGAAGUGUUGGACUGUGAGGAGGUCGCAGAGGUGACACCAAGUACCUCUGGCACAGAAUUCCAGGUGCCUGAGGAUGUGUGCUUGGAUGAGCUGGAGGAUUCCCAGUGCCUGAGUGACGACACGGACACAGAGGCUGCUUCUGAGGAUUGCUGGCAAUGCUCCAAGUGCAGGAAAUUCAACUCCCCGGGGAAAAGGUACUGCUUCCGCUGCUGGGCCCUGCGCAAGGACUGGUACAGGGACUGCCCCAAACUGCCCCAUUCCCUGUCCCUUUCCAACAUCAAUUCCAUGGAAAACCAGGAGCAGGAUGAGAGGAUGGACGUCCCAGACUGCAAGACGAUCUCAGCCCCGGCUGGCCAAGCCAAACACGUUUUCCUGGGAGAAACCAAACGCGUGGAUCCGGGCGGCUCCACCGAGCGCUUGGAUUUGGCGCGAGGGAAAAAUCGGGAUUUUGCCAAGCUGAAGAAAGAGGAGGAGGUGGAAUCUUUGGAGAGCAUCAAAACCCUGCUGAAUCCCUGCUUCCUGUGCCAGCACAGGCCUCGGGGGAAUAUUGUCCACGGGAGGACUGCUCACCUGGUGGCCUGCUUCAGGUGUGCCAGGAUGCUGAAGAAGAAGAGAUCGCCGUGUCCCGUGUGCAGGAAGGAGAUCAAGAUGGUCAUCAGGAUCUUCAUGGGGUAGGGAGGAUUUCUGCCCCCAAAGUAACCCCAAAAUCUGGAAUUUUUGCACUCAAAUCCCAGUUUCAGUGUGUGCAGAAAGGAGGUCAUGAUGGUCAUCAGGAUCUUCAUAAAGUAACCCCAAACUCUGGAAUUUUUGCACUCAAAUCCCAAUUUCGGUGUGUGCAAAAAGGAGAUCAUGAUGGUCAUCAGGAUCUUCUUAAAAUAACCCCAAAAUCUGGAUUUUCGCACUCAAAUCCCAAUUUCAAUGUGUGCAGAAAGGAGAUCAAGAUGGUCAUCGGGAUCUUCAUGGGGUAGGGAGGAUUUCUGCCCUUAAAGUAACCCCAAACUCUGGAAUUUUUGCACUCAAAUCCCAGUUUCAGUGUAAAGGAGAUCAGGAUGGUCAUCAGGAUCUUCAUGGGGUAGGGAGGAUUUCUGCCCCCAGAGUAACCCCAAACUCUGGAAUUUUUGCACUCAAAUCCCAGUUUCAGUGUGUGCAGAAAGGAGAUCACGAUGGUCAUCAGGAUCUUCAUAAAAUAACCCCAAAAUCUGGAAUUUUUGCACUCAGACCUCCAUUACAGUAUGUGCAUGAAGGAGAUCAUGAUGGUCAUCAGGGUCUUCUUAAAAUAACCCCAAAAUUUGGAUUUUUGCACUCAAAUCCCAAUUUUGGUUUGUGCAGAAAGGAGGAGAUCAGGAUGGCCAUCGGGAUCUUCAUGGCCUAGCAGGACCUUCUAGGAUUAAAAUAACCCCAAAAAUAGGUUUUUUUGCACAAAAACCCCAAUUCCAGAGUUUGGUGUGCAGGAUCAAGAUGGCCAUCAGGAUCUUUAUGGGACAGCAGGACCUUGUGCACCUAAAAUAACCCCAAAAUGAAGAUUUUUGCACUCAAACCCCAAUUCCAGCGCUCAGCCACUGAAACCAAAGAGUACCAAGAUUUAAUCCCACCGAGAAUCCUCUUCAGGAUCCGCUUUUCCAUGGAAUUCACCUCGAGAUCAAAACCCCAGCUUGGAAAUUUUCCCAAUUUCCCACUGGGAUUCUUUCUCCUGACCAAGAACAGCAGAUUUGGGAAAAAGUGAAACCUUUGGAAUGUUUUUUUUUUUUCCAUAAAUCCCGAUUUGUGCAAUUCCUUUGGAACUGAGAGUUAAAAACAGAAAUAAAUAUUUAUGGUGGGUGGCCAGGGGAUUUGUUUUGGAGAGCAGAAGAAGAACUUUAUUCCUAAUUUUUUUAUUAUUUAAGGUCGGCAGGGUGAAGAAUUCCUUGCUUCCAGACGGGAAAUAAAUCUGUGUUUAUAAUCCACACCUCUCAGGUCACAAAUGAGAUGUAAUAAUAAUAAUAAUAAUAAUGUUAUA